GAGGAGAGUUGCCAACCCCUGGUCAGUGCUGCGAGAAUAGGCAUUUGUUUCAGAUGUAUGCAGAUAAAUAAAAAUACGACGUUGCUCGCAGUAUUUAACAGUAUAUUGGAUCGUGGACUCAAUAUACGUUUGUUGCGUUAUGAUCGAAAUAAAAUUAUAUUAACACUUGUCUAGUGAUAUUUCAAUUGAAAAGCAUCCUCACGUGUGUUGUAUUUAAGCUCUAGGAACUUUCCCACUUUGUUUAUGCAAUCCUGAAGAGUGUUUUGCACGACCUCGCCCUGCCUCAACGAUUUUAUAUAUUAUUUUCUUGUGAAGGUAAAUUAUUUUUAUCAAUAUUUUAUACUGUUGUUCAUAUCUAUUCAUCAUUGGGGAAUGCAAGAGAUGGGGGAGCCUUCAGGAUUAACAAACAGCGAAGCUAGAGAGCUUUGUAGUGCUCCAGAUCCUGCUACCAGUGAAUAUAUCAUGCAGCAAACAAUGUACCGUAUAAAAGAUCCAAGAAAGUCAUUGCCAUUUUAUACUGAAGUACUUGGCAUGACUUUAUUGCAAAAGCUGGACUUUCCUGAAAUGAAAUUCUCUUUGUAUUUCCUUGGUUAUGAAAAUGCAAAGGAUAUACCAACAGAUAGAAGAGAAAGUAUUGAAUGGACAUUUUCAAGAAAGGCCACUAUUGAGCUUACUCACAAUUGGGGAAGUGAAACUAAUCCUGAUGCUAAAUAUCAUAAUGGCAAUUCUGAUCCCAGAGGCUUUGGUCAUAUUGGAAUUGUAGUACCUGAUGUCAAUAAAGCAUGUGAAAGAUUUGAACAAUUAGGAGUUGAAUUUGUAAAGAAACCUAAUGAUGGUAAAAUGAAAGGAAUUGCAUUUAUCAAGGAUCCUGAUGGCUAUUGGAUUGAAAUAUUUAAUGGUUGCAAUGUUGCAAAUACAGUCCUAUCUCAUUAGCAGCUACUACACAGAAUGUGUUAACAUCAUGGCUGCACAAGAUACGAGAUUACUUUGAAUGUACCUUUAAUAACGUAACAGCAGAAAUCAUGUCGCGAAAAAUAACGCUGUCAGAGACUCGUGACUAAAAACGAGCGUAUAUUUAAUUGAGCUAAGGCUAAAGUGAUUUAGAGUAAUAUACAUCUUGAAGUAAAUGAAAAUAAUUCAAUGAUUUAUAUUCAUAUACAGUUUUUUGUAACAAAACCAGUGUACCUAAUUUUCAACUAUUAUAUGAAGGAAUAAAAUCAAAAUAUUUAUUUUC